AUGCUAUCUUCGUACAACGACAACCGCGCCGGCGAAGCUCAAAUCGACCAACACAACGAGAGCACGAUCGUCGCGACGCCGAACCGCCAGCGACGCCAGAAGGCGUUCCCCGAGCCGGGCUACGCGAUGCCCUCGCACUACAUCGACUGCAACGGCGACGUCAAGUACUUCACGACCAACAAGGGCAUGUUCCCGACGCCGUCGAAGACCUUCGCCCAGAACUACAACAUGCUGAUGCAGCGGAACUUCCAGACGCACGACGCCCAGCGCGGCGCCCCGACGCGCCCGACGCCCGACGGGACGUGGCCGCAGCAACAGCAGCAGCAGCAGCAACAGCAGCGCCCCCAACAGCAGCAGCAGCAGCGCCCCCAACAGCAGCAGCAGCAGCAGCGACAGCAGAACAAUUUCUACAACGGUCCGCAGACGAACCAGGUCAAUCCGACCAAUUUGAACUACCAAUCCAUGAUGUGA